AUGUCUCAACUAAAUUCUAUUAGUUCACUAACUAAAUUAAAUUUUUCUUUGUUGUCAUUGGAGCAAAAAAUUGCAAUUAAAAAAGAAGGAAAACAGGAUAUUCAUCAACAGCUAAAUAGCGCAUUUCGUUUAAAUAUUCAAAAGUAUAACGAGCAAGUAAAAGAGAAUCGAUACAUUUUGUCUAAAAUUAUUGAUUACAUACGAUUUUGUGGAGCAUUUGAACUUGCUCUACGUGGUCAUGACGAAACAUCUGAUUCAGUUAAUCCGGGCGUUUUUAAAGAACUUAUUAAUUUUUUUCCAGAAUUAGACUAUGCACUUAAAACUCAUUUGGAAAAAGCUACUGUCUUUAAAGUUGAUGAGACCACGACGGAUGUAUCUAAUUAUUUUCAAAUGUCUCUUGUGUUUCGAUACGUACUUACAGAUGGAUCACCCGUGGAACGAUUUUGGGGCUCUUUAAUCCAACUGGUCAUGAUGCUAAAUGUUUGGCCGAAUGUAUUUUAA